AUGUGCAAUUUGAAUUCAUUCAAUGGGAAGAGCGAGGACAUGCUGAACUCCACAUCACUGCACUUGUCCUUCACAGAUUGGUCCCGCCCCCUGGGUCCAACAACGACUAUAAGUGGGAAGGAUGUGGACGGUCUGGUCAUGGAGUCAGUUGUCAGCAUCCGGGAGCACGGUAGGUGGGUUGGAGACAUCGAUCCCGCAAACGCUCUACAAAACCCGAUUGUGAUCUUGAUGGGGCCUCAAGAGCCUUGCUCCCAUCCGCCUGAUGAGCCUCCCGCUGUUCCCAUGACUGCAGUUGAGUGCUGGGAUGAGCUGAGGGACUGUCCUGAAAAGUUAGUUGUGGUGAAAGCACACGGGAACUGGGUUGCUCGGCUUGCGGCGACUGCUUAUCUUGUUGAGUGCUCAAAGCAAACACCAACGAAGGUCAAGCGGAUUACAAUUUGCCCGCAGAAGGGGAUCCGCUUCGGCCGAGUCGUCCUCGUCCUCGUUUCCAUCUUCGCUAAUACCGGGAGCAACGAGCGGCUCCCGUCGCUCGGCCCUGGGCGCGUCUACCUGGUUAAUGCCCUGUCCCAGGAUCCCCAGGCUGCAUACGAUGGCACCAAUCUGGCUCACGCCAAUGAGGGCAACCACAAGGAAGAUAAACGGACUGCCACCUCGACCAUCCACGUUCUUGAUCUCCGGGCUAGGCAGAUGUGGGAAGAUAAUGUACCCAACCAUGCCAAACACAGUGGCGACAACGAUGGGCCAGUUGACCCUACCAGUCCGGCGAGACAGGUACCCAAACGCCGGUGCGCAAAGGAGGGCGACGAGCUGCGAAACGCCGGUCAGGAUUGA